AUGGACUCGGCGGCGCUUUCCCUGAGAGCCGUCUCUCCAUCUCUAUUCUGCAAUUGCAUAAACCCUAAAUCGGGUCGCACGUCGGCCCAUAAACCCACAUCGCCGUUGCCGAUUGCCCUUUGUGUUUCCUCGCAAAAUUCACAUCUGAAUUGUGUGCAUCCUCUUAAAGCCGUCGCAAGAACGCGUCUUGCCUGCGCGUCCGUCGCCUCCCACCACACCAAAACCUCCAGCAGAGGCAAUCUGAAGGCCGCCGCCGCUGACGCCGGAGCAAAGCUGCAGAUCCUCAUUCAGGAAUUCCAGUCGCUGGUUGAUCCGGUCGACCGCGUGAAGAAGCUUCUGGAGUAUGCCGAAACUCUGCCUCCAUUUGAGGAUUCACUGAAGACCACGGAUAACCGCGUCCCAGGGUGCACAGCUCAGGUCUGGCUGCAUGUAGAGCUGGGCGAUGAUAACAGGUUGAGUUUCUCUGCUGAAAGUGAUUCGGAGAUUACAAAAGGGUUUUGCGCGUGUUUGGUGUGGGUGCUCGAUGGGGCGAGUCCCGAUGAGGUUUUGGCUGUAAAAACCGAAGAUUUGGGAGCAUUGAAUGUGGUCGGGUCAAAUGGGAGGAAAGGCGGCUAUUCAAGUAGCAGUAGGGCUAAUACUUGGCACAAUGUAUUGAUGAGUAUGCAGAAGAGAACUAAGGCUCUGGUGGCCGAGCGGGAAGGUCGGCCACGUGGCGAGCCUUUCCCGUCAUUGAUUGUGAGUGCUGAUGGUAUACAGGCCAAAGGAAGUUAUGCUGAAGCUCAGGCUAGAUUUCUGCUUCCUAAUGAGAUAAAAAUUCAAGAGCUAGUGAAUCUGCUGAAGGAGAAGAAAAUUGGCGUAGUUGCACAUUUUUACAUGGACCCUGAGGUUCAAGGCGUUUUAACAGCUGCACAAAAGUUCUGGCCUCACAUUCACAUAUCUGAUUCUUUGGUUAUGGCUGAUUCUGCUGUGAAGAUGGCUAAAGCUGGGUGCAAAUUCAUCACUGUCCUUGGUGUAGAUUUUAUGUCUGAAAAUGUGCGUGCUAUCCUAGAUCAAGCUGGAUUUCCCGAGGUCGGUGUAUACAGGAUGGCGGAUGAACGAAUUGGCUGCUCCUUGGCUGAUGCUGCUUCUAGCCCAGCAUAUAUGGAUUACCUAUCAGCAGCUGCAACUUCUGUUUCUUCUCCAUCUUUGCAUGUUGUGUACAUUAACACCUCCUUAGAGACCAAAGCUUAUUCUCACGAAAUUGUGCCAACAAUAACAUGUACCUCUUCUAACGUUGUGCAAACUAUUCUACAGGCAUUUGCAGAAAUUCCUGAUUUGAAUGUUUGGUAUGGUCCUGACACCUACAUGGGAGCAAAUAUUAUGGAGUUGUUCCAACAGAUGACUUUGAUGAGUGAUGAAGAAGUAGCAAGUGUACAUCCGAAACACAACAGGAGCUCUAUAAAAUCUUUGAUACCCCGCCUCCACUAUUUUCAGGAGGGGACAUGCAUUGUCCAUCACCUCUUCGGCCACGAUGUUGUCAACAAACUAAAAGAAAUGUACUGCGACUCGUUUCUAACCGCCCACUUUGAAGUCCCUGGCGAGAUGUUCUCCUUGGCAAUGGAGGCUAAGCAGAGAGGGAUGGGAGUCGUGGGGUCCACACAAAACAUCCUAGAUUUCAUCAAAGAGAGGUUGCAAGAGGCCUUGGACAGGAAAAUUGAUGAUCAUCUCCAGUUUGUUUUGGGAACCGAAUCGGGUAUGGUGACCUCGAUUGUUUCUGCAGUGAAGGGAUUAUUAUCGGGACCCCAUGGGGCCCACGAGGGCCAUAGGGUUACGGUGGAGAUAGUCUUUCCCGUCUCAUCGGAGUCCGUAACUCAAAUGCCGAGCUCUUCCUCACGCGAAGCGGGGGAUGAUUUCUCGAAGCUAUCGUUAAUACCAGGUGUUGCGAGUGGGGAGGGGUGCUCGAUUCAUGGUGGAUGUGCAUCUUGUCCUUAUAUGAAGAUGAACUCUCUUGGAUCACUCCUCAAAGUUUGUCACAGUUUGCCCCACGACAAAAAUAAUCUUUCAGCUUAUGAAGCCGGACGGUUUAGUCUUCAGACCCCAAACGGGAAUCUUAUAGCUGAUGUAGGUUGUGAGCCAAUUCUACAUAUGAGACAUUUUCAGGCUACAAAGAAGUUGCCAGAGAAGCUUGUUCAGCAGAUACUCCAAAGUGGCAAUGUUCGAUAA